GAAAUAAACCGUGAGAAAAGACUCGUAUUCAUCUCUUUCCCUCUCUUCUCUCUUUAUACGAGAGAGAAAGGAACAAAGCAAGGCCCUCGCAUCGUAGUGCGCUUAACAGACCGCUCUCUCUCCCUGUUUCUUUUCUUUUCCAUCUUCCUCUUCUCCGGCGUCGUUCAAGGAUUCCCGGGAGCAGUGCGUAGCUAGCAGUUGCGAGUUCAGAAAUGGGGAAUGCGUGUUGUAUUGCUGCUCGUGACAAAAUGGUCCUCGUGCCUAAUUCUUCUUCAUCAGCUGCUGCUGCUGCUGAGAGGAGGCAUUCUCCUACUUGGAGUUUCCGCUGGGAUAAUAACAGAGGACGUGUUGCUGGUGAUGACUCCUCCUCUCUCACUUGCUUUUCUGAUGGUAUUUUCCGUACCGAUGGCUCUGAGAUCAAAUUUGAAUCUGCUUUUGUUUCAUCUCAAGCCUCUCCUUUGGACACCCUUCCGACACUCACACUGCAGAAAUCUCCCGCCUCAGAUCUAUCUUUCCCAAGAAAUUCUUCCAUGGAUACAGUCUUCGAGCGGAAAGAAAAUGAUUCAACACAAUCUAUGGCACCUUCAUAUCCAUCUCCUCCACAUUUGUCUCUUUCACAGACAUCUUCUCUCCCAGCAUCACCACUUUCGCCCCAGAGCUACUUGCACCCUGCAAGUUCGUCGACACUGAAACUGACACACCGCCCUCUUCUAUCAAAGCAAGUCACAGAUAGUCAGAUCUCUGGAAUGAACUCACUAAGUAGAAGCUCAGCAACUGAAGAGAGGCAGGGAACUCCUUUGACAUAUGAUUCAGCUCAGAGUGGACCAUCUGACAGUUGGUCACUGCAAGCCUUUUCUGAAAUGAUGUCCUCUUCUCGCAGCAACGAGCCUUUGUCUUAUGAUAACGACUACUUUGGGCUUGAUCGGGACAAGAUAGACCAUCAUGGCAACCGAAUGUCCAAUCGUCAUCAGCAAACCUGUGGUGCCUGCUCAAGAUCCUUGUCAGAGAAAUCCUUGUGGAGUAGCCAAAAGAUCUUCAUGACCAAUGAGCUCUCUGUGUCCGCAAUUCUAGCAUGUGGGCAUGUCUAUCAUGGUGAGUGUUUAGAGCAGAUGACGUCGGAAAUUGAUAAAUUCGACCCUUCAUGCCCAAUCUGUACAUUGGGUGAGAAGAAAACGGCGAAGCUGUCAGAGAAAGCGUUGAAAGUCGAGAUGGAUUUCAAAGCUAAGCACAACAAAAGACUCAGAAACCGAGUUUUGGACAGUGAUUUUGAUUGCGAAGAUUUUGUAAUGUUUGAUCACAGCCGCACGCCGGCAGCAGCAGCAGGCAAAAGCCCUGAACUGAUCUCGAGUUCUAGCCUCAAAAGUUAUUCUGUAAAGCCUUUCUUGGCUAGACAUUUCUCUAUUGGGUCCAGAGGUAACAGUAAAACCGGUAAAGAGAACCAUGGUGUAAAAAAGAAAGGCUUCUUCUGGACCAAAUCCAACAAAAUAUGAACUUGUCCUGCGUUGCUCUCUACUGUCUGAAGCAUAGAACUCGAAACACACGGACACGGUACCAUUUAAUUAAGACAGGCUAUUUGUUACACACCUUCCUCAUUGGCUUUUGUUUUAUUGGUAUUUGCUAAAUUUUCACACAUGUAAAGUCACAACUUAAGAAUACAAGGUUGGGGAUAAUCACAACAUUGGAACCUUACUCAUUAGUCUAUAAAUUAUUCUGGCUGUGCAUAGAUCAGAAUGGACUCAGGGCUCUGAAGACAAGUGAUUGGGUAUGGUUUGUAUUGUACCAGCUUCAUCUCAAUCAGACCUUUUUCUGUAGAUAUUGAUUUGUUUCUCCUUGUUUUUAUUGCUGCUUACUAUUUGUAUACUGUAUAGAAAGAUCAACAAGCUUUUGAGAUAUUAUGGUGAAUGACAAACAAAGAAAAGCUUAUAAUUUAUGGUUGUGAUAUACAUGUAAAAAUUUGUUCAAACACUAAUCGAGAU